AUGGGGUUCUCUGGAGUUCUGCCAAUCCUGGUACCAUUCAUCCUCCUGGGGUGUGUCCAGGAAUGUGGGCUGGUGGAGGCUAUAUCUUUCCAUCCCUCGGGGAUGUGUCCCCGAGUCAGAGUAAGAUGUGAAAUAGAAGAAAGAAACCUAUGUACGAAGAGCAGACAAUGUCCAGAGAAGAUGAAGUGUUGCAGGUUUAGCUGUGGAAAAAAAUGUGUAAAUGUCAGACAAGACUAUGAGGUUCUGAAGAACUCUAUGUGUAUCUCAUAG